UACUAUGCCACUGCUUACAGUGCUGCCAUUAGCUGACUAUUUAAUAGAACUAGAUACAGCUUAUUUUCAUGAUGACCAAGAAGACUACAUAGAGACUUCUUGAUGAUGACAAAUGACAAUAAUAGUAUAGUACCUUUUUACUUUAUUAUAUAUGUAUUCCUGAGUAUAUAAAUAUUUCAACACGUGGAUUACUAGCCAAUAAUAAACAACAGAGAGAGUUUGAUAUUGAGUCAAUCAAUGGAUUUGAAAAUGACAGAUACAAAAACAUCAACUAAUAAUUUACCUGAAACUUCAUCAUCAUCAAACACCUCAGAUUCUGUUAAUAUAGAGCAUGGUGAAUCAAUUGAACAUCUUGGAAAAGAAAAUAAUUCAUGUAAAAUUACAAUGAAUGAGUCACCAGGUGUGGUUAAAAUGGAGUCAAAUGAAAUGUCUGUACAACAGGACAAGCCUAAUUCAAUCAGUACCAUGCCAACAAAUGAUUCAAGCAAUUCAACACCCUUAAAUGAAGGAUAUCAAAGACGGCGAAGACGUCCAGAGUCUGACUUGAUAGUGGCAGCUGAGAUGGUUUUAAGUGGCAUGUCGCUUAAGGAUGCUUCUGAAAAAUUCGAUAUGCCAAUAAGCACAAUACGUUUUUACAUGGAUCGAAAAGGAUAUCUUCAACGUUUAUGGAACAGAAAUAAAGACAAUAAUGAUACUGAUACUGAUACUAAUACCGAUACCGAUGAAGACGAGAUACCAGAAUGUACAAAUUAGAUCUCCAAAAUAAUCAUAUAAAGGUCAAAUUUACUCACACGUCAUUUCUUUUUAUAUACAAAAAUUUAUUUAUCA